GAGGUGGAGCAAAGGUACAGGACGGCAGGCUCAGGGUCAGCCAGAGAGGUCAGGCGGGCGGGUACAGGGUCAGGACAGGCAAAGUUCAAAACCGGGAGGACCAUUAAAGAGAGGCUGGGAAACGAUAGGAGCUGACGGGAAAAUGCUGGUAAGCUUCAACGAACAAGACGAACUGGCAACAAACAGACAGAGAACACUGGUAUAAAUACACAGGGGAUGAUAGGGAAGAUUGGUGACACCUGGAGGGGGGUGGAGACAAGCACAAGGAGGUGUAACAGAUCAGGGCAUGACAGAGACACUGACAUUGCACUGCUUUCAUGAAGUUAAUUUGGCAAUGCACUUCUUAUUGUACAAGCAACCCUUCGGAAAUAAUCCUCAACUCAUGUCAACCUUUUAUGAGUAUGAAAAUAAUUAUAUAUUUUAUGACUUUAAGGGUAACCCUCGUGUCUCAUUGGAAAGUGGCAAUGGAAUAAACCACCUAAAGAUCUCAGACGUACAGCUUUCUGAUUCAGCAGCAUAUUAUUGUGUAAGUUUUUACUCUAAUUUGGUGGAAUUUGGAGGAGACAUUCUUAUUGUAAAAGGUACAAAAUACAAAUUUAAAGAGAAAAUAACUAGUUACUUAUGGACUGCAACUGAGGGAACAGAUCCAGAAACACUACCGUUGUACAGCUGUCUGAGUCAGUCCAGCCAGGAGACUCUGACUCUGAAUUGUACAAUAGACACUGAGACCUAUGCAGGAGAACACAGUGUCUAUUGGUUCAGACAUGGCUCAGGACAAUCCCAUCCAGGAAUCAUUUACACCCAUGGAGACAGGAGUGAUCAGUAUGAGAAGAGCCCAGAGGCUGGGUCUCCUACACAGAGCUGUGUCUACAACCCCCCCAAGAGGAAUCUCAGGCUCUCUGAUGUUGGGACUUACUACUGUGGUGUGGCCUCAUGUGGAGUGAUACUGUUUUGGAACGGGACCAAGCUGAACAUUGAAUUUGACCAUUAUCCAGUGCUGAAAAUCCUGGUCCUUCUCUCCAUCAUAAGAACUGGAGUUCUCCUCUGCUGUCUGACAAUCUUCAUCAUUUACCUCAUCAGGAAAUAGAUAGGUUUUGCAAUAACUGCUGGAGAUCAUCACUUAUGCGUUGUAAUUUACGAUAUUUAUUGAGAUUGCUGAGUUGAUCAUAUUGAGUAUUUAAUAUUAAUGGUCUGUGACCUUGCCUA